AUAGUAUGACGUCAAAAAAAACUUCCGGGUUUCUAGUUUGUAAGUGGAGUGUACUGCGUGAUGCUGCAAAUCUCUGGGUUUAUUUACAGCAGGUUAAUUGUUCAUCUUGUACGACAGGCCAGGCUCAGCAGCCAGCGCAGUAUGGGAAGCUUAAAUAAUGAAAACCGGUCAAUUCAUUCUGACAACGUGGAGGAAGUUCACAACAUCCCAAUGAAUGUGAUUAUUCGACCAAUUCCUCCAGUUAUAGAUGAAGAAAAAGUCCAAAGCCUCAUGGACACUAUACAGGAGACCUCAGACAUCAGAGUCGUCCCUCCAAUAGAUGUGUUGUGGAUCACAGGAGAAAAGGGAGGCAAUUAUUACUACUCAUUUGGAGGUUGCCAUCGAUUUGCUGCUUAUCAGAGACUACAGAUGAAAUCCAUUCCAGCCAAGAUCAUCAAAUCCAAUAUUUCUGACCUUCGCACCUAUUUGGGAGCAUCUACACCCAAUCUACAGUGACUGACAGAGCCAGGGCGUAGAGGAAACGUGGAUUACCACAUGCUCAGUAAUAGUUGGCUUUAACUACAGGAAGUUGAGACAUACAAAUAGGCGUAAGAGUGACAGAAACAGGAAGUUACAAAGACAGCACUUACCUGUACAUGUGUUUUUUGUCAAAACUAUUUCUAGAUUGAUUUUGUCAUUGUUGCCCUGUAUGACAAUCUUUACAGAAAAAUCUGUGGUUACAAAUCAAAACAUUUUUAACAAAGAAUCAAAGAAACUAUUAAAAAGGAAAAAAAAAAACAA